GACAAAAUAUCAAAACUUUAGAAAAACAACACUCACACUCACUAGCACCAUGAACUCCAUGGUUCUCAAAUCCUUCCUCGGACUCCGCAAAUCCUCACCAGAAACUUCCCAUUUUGCUGUCCACCAGAAGCAUGCCGCCAUCAGCUUCCCCCAAAAGCUCAAGGUCAUUGCCGGAAAAACCAGUCCCAAGCUCCAAGGCCGCAACCUGCGUGUCGCUAUAGUUGGAGGAGGUCCAGCCGGGGGAUCUGCCGCUGAGACCCUAGCAAAGGGAGGCAUCGAGACGUUCCUAAUCGAACGGAAAAUGGAUAACUGCAAGCCGUGCGGGGGCGCCAUUCCGCUGUGCAUGGUGGGAGAGUUUGACCUGCCAUUAGACAUAAUCGACCGACGCGUGACGAAGAUGAAGAUGAUAUCACCGUCAAACGUGGCGGUAGACAUUGGAAGGACCUUGAAGUCGCACGAGUACAUUGGAAUGGUGAGGCGUGAGGUUUUGGACGCGUACCUUAGAGAUAGAGCAAAAGAGAACGGUGCCACCAUUAUUAAUGGGUUGUUCUUGAAAAUGGAUAUGCCUAAAGAUAAGAACUCACCUUACGUACUGCAUUAUUCUGGGUAUGAUGGCAAAACUGGUGGGGUUGGUGAGAAGAGAACGCUGGAAGUUGAUGUUGUCAUUGGUGCGGAUGGGGCUAAUUCUAGAGUUGCUAAGGCCAUUGAUGCUGGUGAUUAUGAAUAUGCCAUUGCAUUUCAGGAGAGGAUAAAGAUCCCGGACGAUAAAAUGGUGUAUUAUGAAAAUCUUGCGGAGAUGUACGUUGGAGAUGAUGUAUCCCCAGAUUUCUAUGGUUGGGUGUUUCCGAAAUGCGACCAUGUUGCUGUUGGAACCGGCACAGUGACACACAAGGCAGACAUCAAGAAAUUCCAGCUGGCAACAAGGAAAAGAGCAGAAGAUAAGAUCAACGGAGGCAAGAUCAUCCGAGUGGAGGCGCAUCCCAUCCCCGAACACCCCCGACCCCGAAGAUUAUCAGGGAGGGUGGCCCUUGUUGGGGAUGCAGCCGGGUAUGUGACGAAAUGCUCUGGCGAAGGGAUCUAUUUCGCGGCAAAGAGUGGGAGAAUGUGCGCGGAGGCUAUCGUGGAAGGGUCGGAGAAUGGGAAGAGGAUGGUGAAUGAAGGGGAUUUGAGGAUGUAUUUGGAGAAGUGGGACAAGACAUAUUGGCCGACAUACAAGGUGUUGGAUGUGCUUCAGAAGGUGUUUUAUAGGUCGAAUCCGGCACGGGAGGCGUUUGUGGAGAUGUGUGCUGAUGAGUAUGUUCAGAAGAUGACAUUUGAUAGCUACUUGUAUAAGACAGUGGUGCCUGGGAAUCCAUUGGAGGAUCUCAAGUUGGCCAUUAACACCAUUGGGAGCUUGGUCAGAGCAAAUGCUAUUAGGAGGGAGAUGGACAAACUUAAUGUAUGAUCAGUGAUCAAUCACAAUAUACUCAUGUUAUCUAUGCCCUGUAUAUCAUGUCGUCUUGAUAUAUACAAGUGAUUAUAACUAUAAGCAAUAGCUUUAAAGUUUACCGCAAUCCAAUUAUCGGCUCUUGGCCACGAGGUUUACCCCUUACAACAAUGGAAUGGUAACUUAUUUCUCUGA